GAUUUGUUCUUCAACUUUGACAUCCCACUCUCAUAGUCUUAGUCUAGUCCAACUUGCAUCAACUUAUGACAAAACUUUUCUGAUUUCUCAAAUCUCCGAGCUCUCUAAAGUCCCGUUAAGCUCCUGGAAACCACAUUUGAAUCGAACUACCGCAACAUGCUCCCGCCCAUGCAUUAGGUACACCGUACAGGCGCCCCUUCAUCCCUUUCACCGCGCCCUCUGCCGCCAUCUUUUCCCCGUCUCCCCUGCCUCGGAUCCCCAUUUCCAGGAUGGGCGCCGCGAAUGCAGCACGCCCGAUCAAUUUUAGGGCUGGUGUACCUGGUAGCUUGGUCAUUUGCCCUACCGCAUCUGGACUGGGCAAGCCCCUUAGCCCGGACUGACAUCACCAUUAUCGUACUGGUGCCUUUGUUCGGCGGAUGAGAACGUGGCUUCGCAACUAGGUUUGCAAAAGCUUCUUGAUCUCAUCGUAUACUUUGUACUAGGUCAAAGUAGGUAGGUAGGUACAUGCUGAGUACCGUGACCUGCGUGACUCUCCACGACAUCAGCUUUCGUGAUCAUCCCAGUUAAAAUUUAUAUUAUAUAUCAAGUACGAUUAUCUCACCCCCCUAGUAGGUGGUGAAGACUAUUUUCCUAAGCUUAGCAAACACAUUUUCCCCGUCCGUUUGUAGUAAGCAAUUUAAUCUUCAACAGCUAUGCCAUCUGUUGUCGAAUCUCCGUAUGAGCCUCAACUCCCCACUUCGCAGUCUAAGUUGGAAAAGGGGGCCGGUAAGACCGCGGAACGACCAUCCGAUAUUGAUAUUAUCGACAUUCGGCGGUCUUCGGUCGAAAUAAACCUCAAAGAAGAGAUCCACAGACUACUUCGUCCCCCAGAAGGUCCUCGGAGACUGCCGACGCUGCUCCUCUAUGAUAAGACGGGCCUGCAGCUGUUUGAGGAGAUCACAUAUUUAGAUGAGUACUAUCUGACCAAUCAUGAGAUCCAAGUACUGCGCCGUUCGGCCGCGGGUAUUGCUAAGGCAAUCCCAUCCGGAGCCCUUGUUCUCGAGCUAGGUAGCGGCAACUUGAGGAAGGUGUCUCUGGUACUUCGAGCCCUCGAAGAUGCCGGCAAGAAGAUCGACUACUAUGCUCUUGAUUUGUCAGAAGAUGAGCUGUCAAGGACUCUAGCUCAGCUUCCGACCUUUCGUCACGUCCGAUGUCACGGGCUCCUGGGAACGUACGAUGAUGGCCGCGAAUGGCUAAAGAGGCCGCAGAUCGCUUCCAAGCGCAAGUGUGUCUUGUCCCUGGGGUCUAGCAUCGGUAACUUCCACCGGGACGAAGCAGCCUCAUUCUUGAAGGGGUUCGCCGAUGUUCUCCAGCCUGCGGAUGGCUUUCUGAUUGGAUUGGACUCCUGCACCGAUCCUUCCAAGGUCUACCACGCAUACAACGAUCAGUUCGGCGUCACACAUAGGUUCAUCUUGAAUGGGCUUGUCCAUGCGAAUGAAAUUCUUGGACACGAGGCAUUUGACCUGAAUGACUGGCAGGUUAUCGGCGAAUACGUAUAUGACAACGAAGGGGGGCGCCACCAAGCAUUCUAUUCGCCCCUCCGCGAUACUGUCGUGCUAGGAGAAACCAUCAAAGCUCACGAACGUGUUCAGGUCGAACAGAGCCUGAAGUACUCGAAAGCAGGUUGCAGUAAUCUUUGGAGGUCAGCGGGCAUGAUCGAGGCUGAUCGUUGGAUGACCAAUGAUGAAGACUACGGACUUCAUCUUCUAACCAAGCCGAACAUGUCUUUCAGCCCCAUUCCUUUGGAAUAUGCUCGCUCUCACGUCCCAUCAAUCAGCGACUUCGAAAGUCUAUGGGCUGUGUGGGACAUUGUGACUAGGCGAAUGUUACCUGACGAGGAGCUGUUAGAAAAGCCCAUCAAACUUCGAAACGCUUGCGUUUUCUACCUUGGUCAUAUUCCUACGUUCUUGGAUAUACAGUUGACGAAAACGACCAAGAAUCCCCUCACGGAGCCGGCAUUCUACUCCUCCAUCUUUGAAAGGGGAAUAGACCCAGACGUUGAUAACCCCGAGCUCUGUCAUCAACAUUCAGAAGUUCCGGACGAAUGGCCACCCCUGGAGGACAUCCUGGAGUAUCAGGAGAGAGUAAGGGACAGGUUGAAAAGCCUUUAUUCUGUAGGAUUGGAGAACAUCCCCAGAAAUGUCGGGAGGGCCAUCUGGGUUGGCUUCGAGCAUGAGAUCAUGCACUUGGAAACCCUGCUAUACAUGAUGCUACAAAGUGACAAAACUCUCCCACCGCCUCUUACAAAACGUCCAAAUUUUGAGGCUCUAGCUCAGGAGGCUUAUGCUUCAAGAGUAGGCAAUGACUGGUUUGACAUACCAGAGCAGGAUAUUACAAUAGGACUCGACGACCCAGAUGACGUGCUGGAUUCGAACAAGCACUUUGGAUGGGACAACGAGAAGCCAUCCAGGCGUGUGCACGUUCACAAAUUCCAAGCCAAGGGAAGGCCCAUUACUAACGAGGAGUAUGCGCUAUACAUGUACAAUACGAAAUCCACAAAGAUCCCUGCUUCCUGGGCUAACGAGGACCUGGACCAUGCCAAUGGCACUAACGGACAUGUAAAUGGGAAAGUGAACGGUCAUACGAAUGGCCAUACCAACGGAGCCAAUGGUGAACAAGCUGUCCCCUCCUCAUUUAUGGAAGGCAAGGCAGUGCGCACUGUCUACGGAUUAGUACCACUAAAAUAUGCGCUCGACUGGCCGGUCUUUGCUUCGUAUGACGAGCUCACAGGCUGUGCCACAUGGCUAGGAGGCCGGAUCCCUACGUUUGAGGAAGCCCAAAGCAUAUACACUUACGUUGAUAGCAUGAAGAGGAAGGAUGAAGCAGAGCGCAAACUAGGAAAGACUGUGCCAGCGGUCAAUGCCCAUCUAGUUAACGAUGGCGUGGAGGAAACCCCACCAUCUGACGCUUCUCUUGUCGAGGAUGGCUUGUCUCAAAAUGACGACGAGCUGUUCAUCGACCUCACCGACGCCAAUGUUGGUUUCCACCAUUGGCACCCCGUGGCCGUGACUACUCAUGGCAAUCGUCUAGCAGGUCGGGCUGAGAUGGGAGGCGUAUGGGAAUGGACUAGCACCACACUCAGGCCGCACGAAGGCUUCAAGCCCCUGGCAUUAUACCCGGGGUACACCGCCGACUUUUUUGAUGAGAAACAUAACAUUGUUCUCGGCGGCUCCUGGGCCACGCACCCUCGUAUUGCGGGGAGAAAGACCUUUGUAAACUGGUACCAACGCAACUAUCUAUAUGCGUGGGUGGGCGCCAGGCUCGUUCGCGAUCUAUAGGGAAUUAUCAGAUCAACUAAUAAGCUAUCGCUACACGUACUCGUCAUCCACAGGCUUUUCUUAUCUAGGCCCCUUCGUUUCAGCGAUAUUGUAAGCAUUACCGGCGAUGCCUAUAUAAUCCUAGGACCUGGAUCCAGUUCUCAACAACUGGUAAAUCAGUCCAAUGUAUCUACAUCGACUCGGCUUCAAAUUCCGUGGCAAAUUCAACAUUUGUUCGGUCAUGAGGCUAGCUCGCUGUCUUUUCACAAAAGUCCUCUCGUUUCAGGAAUGCGGGAAAAAAGGAACGCAUUUUAGAGUAUGGGAAAAAGGGAUAGGUAUCGUGGUGUAUUCUCACAAAAUUUAUCCUGCAUUUACCGGUGUAUCUAGAAUAAGAAAGGCUGCUCACUCGCUUGACGAUACGAAUAUCUUUAUCAUGGUUAUGAUCUCAAAGCAUUUAUGAAUAUAUUCAUUCUGCCCAUA